AUGGGUUUUAUGUUGAGGAAGCCCGACGAUGUGUCGGGCUCCGCUGCCCCUGCUAUUAUCAUUGGCUUGUUUGUGGCCUUUGGAGGUGUUUUGUUUGGAUAUGACACCGGUACUAUCAGCGGCAUUCUGGCCAUGAAAUAUUGGCGACAGCUGUUCUCGACCGGCUAUGUCAAUCCAGACGACAAUUUCCCCGACGUGACCUCCUCGCAGUCUUCCAUGAUCGUGUCGUUGCUGUCGGCUGGUACCUUCUUUGGUGCCUUGACCUCCGCUCCCAUUGCCGAUUACUUCGGUCGCCGUAUUGGCAUGAUCAUUGACUCGGUCGUUUUCUGCUUCGGUGUGAUUCUUCAGACCGCUGCGACGUCCAUUCCGCUGUUCGUGGCGGGAAGGUUCUUCGCUGGAUAUGGUGUUGGUUUGUUGUCUGCGACUAUUCCUCUCUACCAAUCCGAAACCGCCCCCAAGUGGAUUCGUGGUACCAUCGUCGGCGCAUACCAAUUGGCCAUCACCCUCGGAUUGCUGAUUGCCGCCAUCGUGAACAAUGCCACUAAGGAUCGUAUGGAUACCGGUUCCUACCGAAUCCCCAUCGCCGUGCAGUUUGCGUGGGCCAUCAUUCUCGUGGUCGGAAUGCUCAUGCUGCCUGAAACACCUCGCUUUUUGAUUAAGAAGGAUCGCCACGAGGCUGCCCUGAAGUCUCUUGCCAAACUUCGCCGGGUAGAUGUUAAUGAUCCGUCCGUCGUUCAAGAGCUGGCUGAGAUCCAGGCGAACCAUGAAUAUGAAAUGAGCGUUGGCAAGGCGGGGUAUCUGGAAAUUCUCCGCGGAUCCAUUGCAAAGCGCCUGGCGACUGGAUGUGCUGUUCAAGCCCUGCAGCAGUUGGCUGGUGUAAACUUUAUCUUCUACUAUGGAACGACCUUCUUUGAACACUCCGGCAUCAAGAAUGGCUUUAUCAUCACUCUAAUUACCAACAUCGUCAAUGUUGUAUCCACCUUCCCCGGACUCUACAUGGUCGAGAAAUGGGGUCGCCGUCCCCUGCUUCUCUUCGGUGCCAUCGGCAUGUUUGUCUGCCAGCUCGUCGUCGCCAUUGUCGGCAUGGUCGCUACCUCCGACGUGGCCAACAAGGUGCUGAUCGCCUUCGUGUGUGUGUACAUCUUCUUCUUCGCCAGCUCCUGGGGGCCCUCGGCGUGGGUGGUGACCGGCGAGCUGUUCCCGCUGAAGGCCCGCGCCAAGUGUCUCUCCAUCACCACUGCCACCAAUUGGCUCCUCAACUGGGCCAUCGCCUACGCCACCCCUUACAUGGUGAACGCAGGUCCCGGCAACGCCAACCUGCAGUCCAAGGUUUUCUUCAUCUGGGGCGGCUUCUGUCUCAUUGCCGCCGUUUUCGUCUACACCUGCAUUUACGAGACGAAGGGGCUCAGUCUCGAGCAGGUCGACGAGCUCUACUCGAAGGUUUCGGUGGCGUGGCGCUCGCCUGGCUUCAAGCCUUCGGUCAAUUACCUUGAUGUGCAGGACGUGGGCUCGGGGAGCUCGGGGCCGGGAUCGACCCUGGCUGAGCUGGAGGCUGAUGCUCAGGUGAAGCGGGAUCUGGAGCAUGUUGAGAAGGCAUAG